CACCCUCAUUAUCGAAUCUCGAGCAAAGUCGACAACUGUCUCCGAAUGAAAGUCGAUGUCAACGAUUUUCGCUCAACAGCUGUUAUUUGUUAUCAAAUUGAUUUUAAAUACUUUCUGCGCCAAAACUUGAGUUCCGUUAAAAAUCUCUUGUGAAUACAUUAAUUCAAAUUAAUACAUAUAUUUUUGAAGAAAUUUUCAUUUGUUUGCAAUGACACGACGAGGAUCUGCACGUAAACCAGUUCAGUUGUCUACUCCUCCGAAGGCCGUAACGAAGACACCGAAGCAGCAAAAGAUGUGUCGAUCUCCUAAGUUUGGCCAUCUAUCAGCAGAAUCUGUUUACACCAUGACCUCUCGGGAUUUCCAAACAGAUACUAAUGCACAUGUGGAAAUAAUUGCUGAGCAUCUGAAAGAUAUCAGUUGUAUUAACUUCUUCCAAGCAGCAAUAAUGCAUAAUAAACACUUGUUUCGUGGUCGCACAGUUUUGGACAUAGGUUGUGGUGUGGGUAUAUUAUCCUUGUUUGCUGCUAAAGCAGGUGCAGCUCAAGUGUACGCAGUGGACUCUUCCAAUGUGUUGGAUUAUACAAAACAAAUAGUUAGCGAUAAUGGUUAUGCUGAUGUUAUACAUGUGAUAAAGGGUUCUAUAGAAAAAAUCGAGCUACCAGUUAAGAAUGUAGACAUUAUUAUUUGUAAUUGGUUGGGAUAUUCUAUGCUAUUCCAAGCGGCAUGCAAUUUAGUUAUCUAUGCGCGUGACAAGUGGCUGAAAAAGGAGAAUGGUAUUAUAUUGCCUGAUGUGGCAAAGCUAUUCAUGGCUGCUAUUGAGGAUAGUAAGAGUAAGAAUGAUCGCGUAGAAUGGUGGAACGAUGUGUAUGGCAUUAAUAUGAAAUGUAUGCGUGAUUUCGCGUUAUCCGAACCAAGCUUUCAGUUAGUGCAACCGAAACAACUGUUAAGCACACAAUUCGGUAUAAAAUACCUCAACAUGCAUACUGCAACGAAGGAAGAUUUGAAAUUCCGCUGUAAAUAUAUGUUGGAAAUGCGUCGCAGUGGAUAUGUGGAUGGCAUCACUACAUACUUCCAGGUAUUUUUCACAAAAUCACAUACACCAAUGGGUUUAAGUACGGAUCCUUGUGUAUGGCGCACUCAUUGGAUGCAGGCGGUGUUCUUUUUGGACAAGCCAGUUUAUGUAAAUGCUGGUGAACUCUAUUAUGGUGGCAUAGAGAUGCAAUCUGUUGGUCCAGGCUGUGAUCUUAACAACAUGGAAUUGGGAUUCGAAAUGUUUAGUGGAGAUCCGUCACAUCUGCAACUAGAAGCUGAAAUGCAUUGGAAGCUGAAACCACAUGCCGUAAUUGUUCAGGACCAAAUCGAAGAAAAUAAAAGUAAAGAGCUUAAUAUGAAAGAAGAGACCAUAAAUAACGAUCAACAUAAAUCGAAAGAAAUGGAAAAGAAUCUUAUGACUAAUAAAAAUGUCGAUUCACCAAAAAUAUUCGUUAAAAUUGAUAAAGACAAGUCGCCACCGAUCUCACCUACAAGUGUGGUAAUAGGAGAUUAUACGUACCCCUGCUUAGUGAUGAAGAAGAGCAAAAAAAUGAAGCAUGCCAAGAAAGGAUAAAAUACUAUAUGAAAGGAAGCGUAAACAAAUUGUGAUUUAAAAGCUCAAAAUGUAACGCAUUUGUAUACCUACACUGGCAGUACCCUUUAUUUUUUUUUACAAAUUUUUAACAUCACAACUGGUACACUGAGUCAAGGCUGAAAAUAUUGUUAUUUUAAAGUUUUUAAAACUUUCGGUUAUAAAUUACAAAAUUAUUAAUUUAAUUCUUAAUCGUUUUUGGAAGUACCAACUUUGAACAUACUAUUAUUAAUUUUCAGUAUCAGUGUUCAGAAAUCAGAAACUCGUUAUUCUUACAGUAAUUUCGAUAACGAACUGUUUUCGUAUUACUCGACAUGAUUUGCCUUAAUAUCACAUGUUUAACUGUAAAUUGUCAAAUUUAUUAUCUUAUUUUAAUUUUGAACUAUUAUUUGCGCUUUAAAUUAAAUGUAAUA